AUGCUGGACAAGGCGGUCGAAGUAGAUGGGACUUGUCUGCGCACCUUGCGGGUCUCCAGAUGGUCAAAGACAUAUGCGAACUUGGUGCAAGAGUGGCAGGCGAAGCAUGCGCACCAAGCAUCGCCGGACUACUUCCUUCUGCACCUGCGUGCGCUGGGGGCCACGCAGCGCGGGACGCAGAAAUGUGUCUUUGUUCCAGCUCCUUUGCGCUUAGUUCCUGCUGGCUCCGUGCCGCCGCCCGAGAGCUGCGAGGAUGUUCUCUGCACACGUCUGCUCAAACGGAUUCGCAGUCAGGCAACGUGCUAUGCCGAUGGUGCGAUGGCCUGGGAUCGCGCAGCAGUCCGGCAAGGAAAACGAAUGGCCUUCGUUCAUGUGAAGCAUAACAAGUCCAUUUUCACUCGUGCUCUGCGCCGCAAGCCACGCAAAGGGGCUUCGAGCCUAGCCGGAACACAACAGAUCGAUCGUGUUUGGAUGCAUGUCAAGGCAAGCAUCCCCAAGGGGAUGCAUAACAAAAAGAGCGACGGAUGCCAUCGCGAAGCGAAUGCAGAUCGCAUCUGGAAGUACAUAAGACAGUUUCAGUUCCGACGAAUGCACACAGAUGUGUUCACAGCUCUCUCCAAGCUGUGCCAAGCUGCCAACAGAUGCAGCUGA